AUGCACCAUAAAUUAAUAUUAAAUUAAAUUAAUCAAAACAAAAAUUCAAUUUAAUAAAAGCAAUUAGAAAAUAAAAUGGGUAGUUUGUUAUUCAAAGCUGUAGCUAAAACUGAUUAUGAAAAUAUAAAACCUACUUAAGAUAAUUUCUUCAAUUAUUCUGCAAAAGAUAUUGAUGGCAAUUUAAGAAAUAUGAGUGAAUUUAAGGAUAGAAAGUGCCUUUUAGUUGUUAAUGUUGCAUGCAAGUGCGGUUUAACCUCAGAUCACUAUACCUAAUUAGUUUAACUCUAUAAGAAAUAUAAAUCAUAAGGAUUUGAAAUCUUAGCAUUCCCUGCAAACUAAUUCAUGGGCUAAGAACCUUGGGAUAAUGCAAAAAUCAAAGAAUACGUCGUAACAAACUUUAAUGUUGACUUUACUCUUUUCGACAAAGUAGAGGUAAAUGGAGAAAACUGUAAUGAAAUCUUCAAAUUCCUCAGAUUUAACUCUGAGCUUCAUAACAAAGAAACAGGUAAAACUAGAUAGAUUCCUUGGAACUUUGCUAAAUUUUUAAUUGGACCCGAUGGUAAGGUUCAUAAAUUUGCUAGUCCUAAAGUUAAUCCUAACGAUAUGAUAGCUGAUAUUGAAGCUAUGCUUAAAGCUUGA